GGCGUGAGCGAGUGGAGAGGUUCUGCUUCCGGCCUCUUGCUGGAGGUUCGCGCGCGAUUCGUGGCCUGUGGCGUGGUGGCGUGGUGGCGUUUAAAAAAAGCUGAACCGGAUUACCGAAAGCCGAAUCUUCUUCCUCCUCCUCGGCCUUCGUGUCCCCGAAGCCGCCACAAGGAUUAACACCCCGAGGGAUCAUUAGACCAUUACAAUAGCCAUAGGGGGAUUAUCCUGCGCGCCAUGUCCCUCAUAUGCUCCAUUUCUAAUGAGGUACCGGAGCAUCCCUGUCUGUCUCCAGUCUCAAACCAUGUUUAUGAGCGAAGACUGAUUGAAAAGUAUAUUGCAGAGAAUGGGACUGAUCCAGUGAACAACCAGCCACUGUCUGAGGAACAGCUGCUAGAUAUCAAAGUUGCCCAUCCAAUUCGGCCUAAGCCUCCUUCUGCUACCAGUAUUCCAGCUAUCCUGAAGGCACUACAAGAUGAAUGGGAUGCUGUCAUGUUACACAGUUUCACUUUGCGGCAACAACUUCAGACUACACGCCAGGAACUUUCUCAUGCACUCUACCAACAUGAUGCUGCCUGCCGUGUCAUUGCUCGUCUCACCAAAGAGGUGACUGCUGCAAGAGAAGCUUUGGCAACUCUGAAACCCCAGGCUGGCCUUAUUGUUCCCCAAGCUAUACCCUCUUCACAACCAAAUCCUAUGGGUGCUGGUGAACCAAUGGAUCUAGGAGAGUUGGCAGGAAUGACGCCAGAAAUUAUCCAGAAACUUCAAGACAAAGCCACAGUGCUGACCACAGAGCGCAAAAAGAGAGGGAAGACUGUGCCAGAGGAACUGGUGAAACCAGAAGAACUUAAUAGAUACCGGCAGGUGGCUUCACAUGUGGGAUUGCACAGUGCCAGCAUCCCUGGCAUCCUUGCUCUUGACCUGUGUCCUUCUGAUACCAACAAGAUCCUCACAGGUGGGGCUGAUAAAAAUGUUGUUGUCUUUGACAAGAGCUCAGAACAGAUCCUGGCCACCCUGAAAGGUCACACAAAGAAGGUCACCAGCGUAGUCUUCCAUCCAUCCCAGGAACUGGUGUUUUCAGCAUCUCCAGAUGCUACUAUCCGGAUUUGGUCUGUCUCUGGCGCUUCCUGUGUGCAGGUUGUACGAGCCCAUGAAAGUGCUGUCACAGGGCUGAGUCUUCAUGCAACUGGAGAUUAUCUUCUCAGCUCUUCUGAUGAUCAGUAUUGGGCUUUCUCUGACAUCCAGACUGGCCGUGUUCUCACCAAGGUCACAGACGAAACUUCUGGCUGUGCUCUCACCUGUGCUCAGUUCCAUCCUGAUGGGCUUAUUUUUGGGACAGGAACAAUGGACUCCCAGAUUAAAAUCUGGGACUUAAAGGAACGGACUAAUGUCGCUAACUUCCCUGGACACUCUGGUCCCAUUACUAGCAUUGCCUUCUCCGAGAAUGGCUACUACUUGGCCACUGCUGCUGAUGAUUCCUCAGUCAAACUUUGGGAUCUCCGCAAGCUGAAGAAUUUCAAGACGCUGCAGCUGGAUAAUAACUUUGAGGUGAAGUCUCUCAUCUUUGAUCAGAGUGGUACCUAUCUGGCCCUGGGUGGUACUGAUGUCCAGGUGUUCAUCUGUAAACAAUGGACAGAAGUUCUUCAUUUCACAGAGCACAGUGGGCUGACAACAGGAGUAGCCUUUGGGCACCAUGCUAAGUUCCUCGCUUCCACAGGCAUGGACAGAAGCCUGAAAUUCUACAGCCUGUAGCUUCUGUUUCUAGGAUGCAAAGCUGCUGGAUCCUAUUCUCUGCUGUAAUGAAAAACUAUGGGGUAAACAUGGGGUGUUGGACUGAUGGAACAUCGUGAACAUUAUAGCUGUUGAUGUCAAUUUUCUGUAGCAAGGAAAAUUGCCCUCAGUUUUAAAUACAUUUGUUUUCCUCUCUGUUUGUUUUUCAUGUAGAUUUGUAACUGUAAGACUACUUAGUCAAAUCCAUCCACUGCUGACUCUAGUAGGGACAGUCAGAGAUGAAUGUGAAGAAAGGGAGGGUGAGAUGUGCAUAUUUUUGUAUGCUGCUCUCUAGUUUCAUUAAAAAAAAAACCGGUUCAAUUAUAACAAGGUGUUUUGGGUGAUAUCUCACAUUUCAAACAUUUGAAUUUUGAACUACAUUUUGCCAACAUACACAGUUGGCUGUAUCUCUUAUGAAUGCUUAUGCAUCAGAAGGUAUCAGAUUACCACAGUUCAGCAAUUUUAAUGAUGAGUUCCUUAAAGAUAGUAUUCAAUUUGCAAAGAUGCAAAUGCAUGCUACUUGGAGAUGUGAAAUCUGGUAUUUGUUUCAUUAGAAUAGACAAUAGUAUGCUCUGUGGUCCAGGACUCUAGGUGCAUAAAGGCACCUUUCUGUGUCUAGAUAUCUGGGAUUUUGAUCAGUCUUUUUCUCUGGGCUUCUUAUUUCCAAAGACUUUCAUUUUAGUUUCAUUUCAUUUAUGUCGUAAAUAUAUAAACAUGUACAUUUUAUUCUGUAUUGUUUUAAGCAUAGCCUGGCUAUACUGGGAUAAAACAGGCCACAGAAUAGUUACUCUAUCAUUUUAAGUGAAUUUGCUUUGUCUGGUUAAUUUAUGGAUCACUGUUUUAGAAGUUUGAGAUUACUGAGCAAACUGGUUAAAUUAAUCCUGGCAAGUGUGUUAUAUAUAGUAUAUAGCAAGUAAAACAUAUUGUCAGGAUUUUUCUGGGGACUUAAAGGAAUUGUCACAGGACAUUAAAACACCUAGUGCAUUUUAGAUAUCAGUACCAGAGACAGACCAUAUUUGUCUGUAAGCUUAUCAUUACAUUUA